AUGUCUGCUUCUACUUCGGUGAACAUUCCCUGGAUAUUGGGCACGAUAGAAAUUGGUGUCAUUCUGAAUACGUUCCUGUUGGGCGUCGUGACCAUUCAGAUGUUCAGCUAUUAUUCUGCGCGUUUCAAUGAUCCUUCUCAUGAAAUUUACCAGUGGCGAAUUCACAUACUUCUGUGGUGGGUUUAUACCCUUGACCUCGCCUACUCCAUGAUAGCUGUGGAGAUGUUGUGGGUGUACACUGUGUCUGGCUUUGGGGACCUCACGGUUCUAGCGUCAGGUCGGUGGGAGUACUUCGUGCUACCGGUCUUUAUUUCAGCUGCGUCUGUACCCAUCCAGUUCUUCUUGGCUUACCGGGUGAAAAAGCUCCUGGCUGGCAAACUUGCUCUACCUGCGUUUAUGGGCAUCGCUUUGAUGUCUACAUGCCAGGGUGUCAUUGCUCUAUACAUGACUAUUGCAGCGUUUACAACCGUCUUUGAUGCUGCGGGGAAUGUAAAAUUCCGACUGAGUAUGAGCUAUCCCUCUAGCCUCGCAUCAUUCACGAAAAUUGGGCAAUCAUACACAGCUAUCAGUCUCUGUACAGAUGUGCUUAUAACCGGAUCGCUAACAGCGACUCUACUGUCGAAGAGAACUGGAUUCAAAACUACUGACAACAUCGUACUUCGAAUUAUCUUGACAUCCAUCGAGACCGCCAUACCAGUGACCAUAUUUGGAGUAAGCCCACUACAAUUUCCAAGUCGAGGUGCCCUAGGAUUCUCACCACCUUUCCGCAGAUCGGCCAUUUGGUCGCAGUCGUAUGCUUCUUCGGUUGAUAUAUUAGCCGCUCGUCUCAUGUUCCCGCAGAAUACAGGAUCAACUAGUGGCAUUGCUGAAACUUUCGUCAUUCCAGUUGCUCGCCUUUACACCAAUACUCUCUUAGUUACGCUGAACCAGAGGGCGCAGGUUCGUGCUCAGCUCAGUAGCACCUCUCACAAUUCUGGAAACAACGCCAACCUCAUCGACAGCGCCUUCAACCGCGCGCGAGGUGCCCAGGUUCGGAUUCAAGUCGAGGAGGGUAUCGUGAUGAAGGACUUUCAGUUGUCCAAAGGCGAAGUCCCUGGUGUAGGUGGUAGCCACGGUAGUCACGGUGAUCUUAAAAUCGACGCUAUUUAA